GGGACAGAUCUCCAGGCAGCAGGGGGCAGCAGGGCAAGAGGAGGCUGAGUGACUGCUGGGUGGGGCAGACGGGAAGGCAAGCAGAGGAGGAGGCCUUGAAAAGCCCUGCCCCGCCUACAGGUGAGCAGUGGUGUGUGAGAGCCAGCCCCUUCUCACUGCCUGCCCACUCAAGUGGCAAUUCCCUGGAGUUGCCUGUCCCCUCUGGAGCCUCAGCAGAUUCUUCUUUCAGAACUCACUACCAAGAGCCCUGAACAGGAGCCACCAUGCAGUGCUUCAGCUUCAUUAAAACCAUGAUGACCCUCUUCAAUUUCCUCAUCUUUCUGUGUGGCGUUGCCCUGUUGGCAGUGGGCAUCUGGGUGUCCGUCGAUGGGUCAUCCUUCCUGAAGAUCUUCGGGCCGCUGUCAUCCAGUGCCAUGCAGUUUGUCAACGUGGGCUACUUCCUCAUCGCAGCUGGUGCUGUGCUCUUUGCUCUUGGUUUCCUAGGCUGCUACGGUGCUCAGACUGAGAACAAGUGUGCCCUCAUGAUGUUCUUCUUGAUCCUCCUCAUCAUCUUCAUCGCUGAGGUUGCAGCUGCUGUGGUUGCCUUGGUGUAUACCACCAUGGCUGAGCACUUCCUGACGUUGCUGGUAGUGCCUACCAUCAAGAAAGACUAUGGUUCUCAGAAGGACUUCACCCAAGUGUGGAACACCACCAUGGCAGGGCUCAAGUGCUGUGGCUUUAACAACUACACGGAUUUUGAGGGCUCUCCCUACUUCAUGAAGAACCAUACCUUUCCCCCAUACUGUUGCCUUGACGAUGGCAAUGGCACAGCCACAGAACCCUGCACCAAGGAGAAGGCUGAUGACAACAUUGUACAGGGCUGCUUCAAUCAGCUUCUGUAUGACAUCCGAACCAACGCAGUCACUGUGGGUGCUGUGGCAGCUGGAAUUGGGGGCUUGGAGCUGUCAGCCAUGAUCGUGUCCAUGUAUCUGUACUGCAAUUUGAAGUAAGUCUGCUUCUGCCUCCGCCACUGCUGCUGCCACAUAAGAACUGGGAAGAGGCAUCCUGGCACUGUCAAGCGGCAGUGCUUGGGCUGAGGACAGGAUCUAACAGUUUCAUUUGGGCCAGAGUGGGCCCAGCCUUGCUGCUCUGGACUUGGGGCCAAAUAGGGGACCACCCCCUUCCAGCUGUGCCUGAGUUUUCCUUUCAAUGGUGGGGUUGGGGUCAGAACCUCUAAGGCAGUCAGUUCUCCUGCCCAUACUUCCAGUCUGUCCCUUAAACCCUUGACACCCUUUCAAGCCAACGGGGCUCUCAGUGAUCCCAGCAGCCCCGCUGCAGGAUGAGAGAAAGGCACCCUAAAACAUGGGCACAUGCAAAAUCAGCAGUCACCAGGCGGAUGUGUAGAAGGCUCUUCAGAACUCAUAACCCAAUUAAAAUGUCUCUGUUUGG